GUGCUGCUCCUGGCCGGUGGAGGCGGCGGCGGCAGCGGAAGGGGAAGCGCUGAGGCGGCGGGGCCCACAGCCAUGGCGGAGCCCGUGCAAGAGGAGCUCUCGGCCCUGGCCGCGAUUUUCUGCGGGCCCCACGAGUGGGAGGUGCUGAGCCGCUCAGAGACAGAUGGGACCGUGUUCAGAAUUCACACAAAAGCUGAAGGAUUUAUGGAUGCGGAUAUACCUCUGGAAUUGGUGUUCCAUUUGCCAGUCAAUUAUCCUUCAUGUCUACCUGGUAUCUCGAUUAACUCUGAACAGUUGACCAGGGCCCAGUGUGUGACCGUGAAAGAGAAGUUACUUGAGCAAGCAGAGAGCCUUUUGUCGGAGCCUAUGGUUCAUGAGCUGGUUCUCUGGAUUCAGCAGAAUCUCAGGCAUAUCCUCAACCAACCAGAAACUGGCAGUGGCAAUGAAAAGUGUACUUUUUCAACAAGCACGACUGUGGAUGAUGGAUUGUGGAUAACUCUUUUGCAUUUAGAUCACAUGAGAGCAAAGACUAAAUAUGUCAAAACUGUGGAGAAGUGGGCUUCAGAUUUAAGGCUGACAGGAAGACUGAUGUUCAUGGGUAAAAUAAUACUGAUUUUACUACAGGGAGACAGAAACAACCUCAAGGAGUACUUGAUUCUUCAGAAAACCUCCAAAGUAGAUGUGGACUCAAGUGGAAAGAAAUGCAAAGAGAAAAUGAUUAGUGUACUGUUUGAAACAAAAGUACAGACAGAACACAAAAGGUUUCUGGCAUUUGAAGUCAAAGAGUAUUCAGCGUUGGAUGAAUUACAAAAGGAAUUUGAAACUGCAGGACUUAAGAAGCUUUUCUCCGAAUUUGUACUUGCUCUGGUAAAAUGAAAUGGAAGACAGGAAUCUUUUAGUAAAAUAGCAGUGUUUUUUGUUGUUUUUGCAUUGGAUUUGGGGAGUGGUUAACUGAAAUAGUCACCAGGGAGCAAUUUUAAAGUUUCUCUGAAGCAAAAUGAUAGGCAUCAUUCUAACUUCAGGAACAAAAGCCAGUUCUGUUUUAUGAAAUAUUAAACAUGAAGAAAACUUGUAUAUUCUAAUGUUUGCCAGAAAAGUCUAGGUUCAGUAGAUGAGACAUUAUUUAAAAGAUAAAUUUAAAAAGAUGGUAAAUGAACACUUGUUUUUAUAGGCAAUAUUUGUUUGGAACUAUGUAAUUUUCUGGCUAAUUUUCUUGUAAUUAAAUGAUUUUUUUUAAAAAAGAUUUGUUUUCAUGUUUACUUUUCUUAUAUUUAUAUUUUUAGCAUUUGAUCGCCAUUUUCCCCCAUCCAGCUUAUGUCUAAUGUUUUAAUAAAUGUUAAGGAAAAUAUAACACUGAUUUUUUUUAAUGGAAUUGCAUAAAUUGUUUAAAUGCAAAGUUCUGUAGAACAAGAUUUAUAGUUGCUUUUUGAGGGUGUUCUAGAAUAGCAUGAUACUUGCUAGCCUUAGGACUAGAGAUUUGAUUCCAAUUAAAAUUCUUAUUCGAAAAAUUGAACUUCUUGUUUUAUAAGAGGAGAAAUGUUCAUACAGAAUGAACCUGGCUUGCAAGAUGGAGGAAAUUAUAUAAAAAUACUAUUUUUUAUUUCUUAUGAAAUCUGUCAAAACAUGGUGAAACGUAUUUAUCAUGACCUAAUGAGAGAAGAAGCUGUAAGAUAAAACUUGUAUUAAAAUCUGUAAUAAAAAUGUAAGUAGACAUUUGUAUCUCAGAAAGGAUAUUUGUACACAUGAAGCCACUUGGGCUGCUAAAAUAAGGGGCUGAUUCAUGGAAGAAAGGCCAAGUGAAUCCCUUUGGCUGCCACCUAUGAAGUAUAGUGAUAUCAUUAUAUAAUUAUAACUGAUGGGGGAGGGAAGUGAGGAGAAUGUGGCAUGCUGAGCAGUGUUUCCUGACAGUAAUGCUCUGUGAUGAUGUCAGUUCAAUCUGAUUGUCUUAUUUUCAGGUACCUUUGUAAUUUAAUUAUACCUAUCUGUUGAUUAUUUUAUGGGGUUUCUUUAAUGAGGAGAUGUUCAGUUUACUCUCAUUCUAGUGUGUUGAUUUUUUUUUUUUUGUUUUUUGGAGAACUGGUAAAUGUAGUUAGAUUGUUCUAUGGCAAGAGCACGUAUAGCAAGGAGAAGCUACCCUUCUGGUAUGCAGAACUGAGAAAAUAGGCUUGAAAAUUUGGGACUGCUCAUUAUUACCCCUUCAUUUGAUUUACUGUAGUUUCAGUGAAAAUUAAAAUAAUGAAAAAGAAUAGAGUUGAGAAUAUUGGCCAUAUGGUUGAGAUGGAUUGAGGGGAUCAUGAUAUAAUAAUAUUUUACCUUGACUCUUCUCUGCAAAAAUAUAUUCCUGCUUAUGCUUUCUGGUGCCCUUUUAGCCUUUCAUCUUCAAAUCUGACUCUUUACAGAAGAGCUUGAAUCAGAUCAACUUGAAUGUUUGCUGUAAUGACUUUUUCCAACGUAAUGAUAUUUUUAUCUGCUAAAAUUAUUUUUAAAACAUAUUGGUUAUUAUUACUUUCUUAGAUGUUUACAUCUAAGUCUUUCACAGAUACAUACACAUCAGAAUAGAAAACUAAACCUUGACAGAGUUAGCGAUUUAUGUAAAUGUAAUUUGACCUCUGGAUAAAAUAAAAUUUUAAAUUAUAUACCAAAAA